GUUUGCUGCCUCAUCACCUGAUGCUGUGGGCAGGCGCUGUGGAGAGUUUGUAAGAACUACAAACCCCACCAAGCAGCGCGACUGGUGGUCUGGCUGGUGCAAGCUCUGUUACUUUUGCAUGCUUGGAAAGCGGGCUACUAGUAGCAGAGGGUUGACCGUGUGUUGGUUUGCAGGUCUGAGCUAAAUGGCUUUUCCUGGGACAAUGUAUUACUGCAGAGAUCCUUUUUGCUUUUAAUUUUUCCUCCAACGCUAAGCUAUUGCAAUGAUGGGAUUUAAUGAUAACGUGGUGGCAUUGCAAGAUCAGUUGUGUGUCUAUUGCAGUUAAGUUUCAAGAAUCUGGAUGUGGGGGAGACUGCAGAGAACUGAGCAUGCACUUCGGCUACCCGCCAGGAGCAUGCAUCGGUUUGCAGUGCUUGCCAAGCAAACUGCGGCAAGCCCGGGCUGUAAAGGGCCAGGGUCCUGCAGGAAUGGAAGGAGAGACGUGGCUUUGCGAUGCAUUGCCUCGCUGGUCGAGGAGAAACGGCACCAGCAGCGCUUUACCCAGCGUACUCGCCCGGGGAGAGAAGGACUCGUGCGUUGGAACAGCGCUGCUGAGGCCUCUGCAGUGAAAAUCAACGAGAAGACGAGCAGGGAGAAAAUCCUGACGCUGGAGUCCAUGAACCCCCAGGUGAAAGCGGUGGAAUACGCCGUGAGGGGCCCCAUUGUCCUGAAAGCUGGCGAGAUCGAGAAGGAGCUGCGGAAGGGAAUCAAAAAGCCUUUUACUGAGGUCAUUAAGGCCAACAUUGGCGAUGCACAUGCAAUGGGACAGCAGCCCAUCACUUUCCUUCGUCAGGUGGUUGCACUUUGUACAUACCCAAACCUGUUGGACAGCCCAAGCUUCCCAGAAGACUCUAAGAAGAGAGCCAGACGGAUCUUGCAGGGGUGUGGAGGGAAUAGCUUAGGGUCUUACAGUGCCAGUCAAGGUGUAAAUUGCAUCCGUGAAGAUGUUGCAGCGUACAUUGAAAGACGAGAUGGAGGAGUUCCUGCAGAUCCAGAUAAUAUAUAUCUUACCACAGGGGCUAGUGAUGGAAUUGCUACUAUUCUAAAGAUCCUGGUCUCAGGAGGAGGGAAAUCCCGAACUGGAGUGAUGAUCCCAAUCCCACAAUACCCCUUGUAUUCAGCAGCCAUAUCUGAACUAGAUGCCAUCCAGGUGAACUAUUACCUGGAUGAAGAGAAUUGCUGGGCACUAGAUGUGAAUGAACUUCGUCGUUCCUUGAAUGAAGCCAAAGCAUACUGUAAUCCAAAGGUCCUUUGCAUCAUCAACCCAGGAAAUCCCACUGGUCAGGUUCAAAGUAGAAAGUGCAUUGAAGAUGUUAUACAUUUUGCUUGGGAGGAGCAACUCUUUCUUCUGGCUGAUGAGGUUUAUCAAGAUAACAUUUACUCAGAAGAAUGUCAGUUUCAUUCCUUCAAAAAGGUUCUGUAUGAGAUGGGACCAGAGUACUACAGCAAUGUAGAGCUAGCAUCCUUCCAUUCCACCUCCAAGGGAUACAUGGGCGAGUGCGGUUACCGAGGGGGUUAUAUGGAGGUCAUUAACUUGCAUCCAGAGAUAAAAGGACAGCUUGUUAAACUUCUCUCUGUUCGCCUCUGUCCUCCAGUCUCUGGACAGGCAGCUAUGGAUAUCGUAGUGAAUCCUCCAGUACCUGGGGAAGAAUCUUAUGCACAGUUCAUUAAGGAAAAGGAGUCUGUUUUGAACAAUCUUGCCCAAAAAGCCAAGCUAACAGAAGACAUGUUUAAUAAAGUGCCAGGAAUUCACUGCAAUCCACUUCAAGGAGCUAUGUAUGCCUUCCCAAGGAUAUUUAUCCCUUCCAAAGCCAUUGAGGCAGCAAAGGCUCAUGAAAUGGCCCCUGACUUAUUCUACUGUAUGAAACUUUUGGAAGAAACGGGAAUCUGUGUUGUACCUGGCAGUGGAUUUGGCCAAAGAGAAGGAAGUUACCACUUCAGAAUGACCAUUCUCCCUCCAGUAGAGAAGCUGAAGAUUGUGCUGGAGAAAGUGAAAGACUUCCACAUACAGUUUCUUGAAGAAUAUGCAUGAAAGAGAUGCAGACUCUUUCCCCCCUUCCCAAAGCAAAUGCAGAAAAUGAACAAUAUGUGCUGAGAAUGGGCUGUUCAUCUAGUUAACUGCAUUUACACUAGAUAAAGCCCAUAUGUGGGCAAAAGUUACACUUCUUCCUGAACAAUUAAACCUAAUGUCUGGUGUGGGAGAUACUGCUAUACAGAGGUGGGUGGGAGGGGAAACAUGAAGAGGGAAGGGGAAGAGAGAGUCUAGUAGACUAAUUUGUGCCUUGACUGGAAGUUAUAUUCUUGACUUACACUUCUGGCCUAGUUGGUUGUGGAGGAAAGUCACUUAUGAAAACUAUUGAUGAUAUUGCCUUCUACAAAGCAGAAAUGCAGAUACCCAACAUAUUUGCUCAGAAACAUCCAUUUCCUGUUUGAGAUUUUACCCCAAAAAAUCCUAAAAUCUACAUUCUAGGUGUGGUUGGGUUGUUAUUGUUUUUGAGUAUAAAGUGUUACCCACAUCUGAUCAAACUGGCAGUUGUUCGAAUAUUCAUAAAAAUCUUUGAUAGAUCAUUUUGUGUGACUAAGUUCUAUUGCAUCUGAACUUUACAUUAUUUCUAAAUAAAAUCUGAGUGGAGCACAGGCAGUUCUGAGGGCAGAGAUAGUGCAUAUGAUAUAUUGUGUAUGAGUCUUAGUUUAAGAAAUUGAAAUUCAAUGAAUUAUGACCAUGAACUAGUUUAUCCACACACAGCUCAAGAUAGAGUAGACAAGUAUGAGAGAACAAUAGCACUGAGCUUUUCAUAUCAUAACCACUUUGUUAAAAAAAUAAAAAAGCUGAGUUGUCUCCUGUUCACACAUGCCAUUUGUGUAUAUUGACUAUUACAAGCAACCAACUUCAAAGCAAAUGUGAACACUGUUAAGCCUUAAUAAUAAGGUCCAACACAAAAACUGUUAAAAUUGCAGCACCUCUUGAUCCUCUGAGAAUGAUUCUUUGGAACUGGAUGAUUAGGAGAUUAGUUAUGGGAGAAAGAGUCCUUUGCUUUACUGGUUUGAAUCUAGCCCAACUUUGUAAAGACUGAAAGAUGCUUCUGUCAGACAAAUGUUUGUAUGUAGCUUAAAGGAAAUUAAUUGGUAAUUUCAGUCUUGUUCCUAGUCAAAGUGUCUGGAUCACACAAGCUAUAUGUAUGGCAUCCUCAGCAGGGAGAGUAAAGGCUGAAUGGACAUGGAGGGUUGGGCACUCUGAACUCAAGAGGAUUCUUCCAGAACAGGAUGAGGUAUGGUGGCACAGCAUUAUGAACAUGCUUGUACCACCUGUGUCAUUCUUAUUUUGUGAAGGAACAAAAAAAAUGUUUAUUUGGCACCUUUUGCCAGCACAAACACAGAACUGAAAACUCCCCUACCAAUCACAGAGGUACUAAGUAACUUCAUCAAGUUUUGUCUUAGUUUGUGCAGAUCACUGUUUAGAGACAGCAUCUCAUUUAUUCACAUCAUUAAUUUAGAUCUUAUUCUUUAGGAGUAAAUUAGAAAUCUUGUUUACUAAUAUCAUUUUGUUAGUAAUACCUAGCUCAGCAUGUGGUGCUAAUAAGGAAGUUAAAAUCUUGGGAGUUGAAUCAAGUACAGGGACAAGUGAAUUAACACAUUGGAUAAAAGGAUGCAUCAGUCUAGUGUGUUAAGGAUAAAGAUGAUUAUUGGCCAUAUCUCUUACAACAACAUCAACUGGCCUAUGGAAUAGUACUGGAACAGACUGCACUUAGAAACUAUGAAAAUUUCAGAAACAUGCCCUAUAUGGAAUGAAUCAGUGGCUUCCUUUCAACUCCUAGUGGACAGAUAUCCAAAAUGCAACCUCAAUUGAAAAUGGUACACUGCGGAGCAGUGUUAUAGAGGCCUGGAGACUGAACUAAACUUUUACUUUGGAAACAUGGGUCUCAUCACAUCAGUUGUAUCUCUGGGAAGGCUGGGAAAGCUUGUGUUGCUGCUACCCAUGGAUAAACAGAACGCUUCAUUUGCCAGCUCUCUGGCAUCUUUCAUAAGCACUAAUAUAAUUCUAUACAGAAAUGUAAAAGUAAAAACAUGUAAUAAGAGGUCAAAACAUUCAUAUUUCAAGAAAAAAUAAAAAUUAUCCAAGAAAUUAAUUUUUUCUUGCUGUUGAAAUUAGCCCCCCAAGUCAAAUCUGGUGUGGGGCUCACUGCUUGGAAGUGGCUGCCAUAACCAACAAUCUAAUAAUGGAAGUUAGUAUAUUUUUUUACACUUUUGUAACAACAGCUUUUUUUCCUUGGGUAGUAUAUGUAGUCUAACAAACCAAUAGAUUUUAUAUUUACCUUGUGUUUACACCUGAUAUUCCUGAAAACAAUCCAAGGUUUACAACAUACUAGAGACAUUCUAUAUGGGUGUUGAAAGCUGCUUUUUUCCCCCCAGUCAGAGCAGCAGUCCUUAUAGGUAACUUUUAAAUCAAGGAUAGUGACCUAAUUUUAGUUUUCUAAACAUUCUAUGAUGGUGCCUUUUAUGUUUCUGACAUUGUAAGGGAGAACAUAUGUUUUGUUCUGAUGCAUCUCCUAGAGAAGGGUGGGGGGUUUCUACUGUUCAUCCACAAUAUUAGUAUGUACUGUGGCAAGCUACAGUAUACAGGUACGUUUUUGUGGGACAAAACUGAAAAACUAAGAAACAAAGACUUACAUUUUCAUUGUCUUCAAUGUUUAAUAGACUAUCUAUUUUUUAAUGCAUGUUUCUAGGUUUUGUUUACCUACAGGUGCUUCUUAAUACUGUAUUUAGAUUAACUUAGAUGUAUCCAAGACUUCAGAACAAUAAAAUAGAUGUCAGAGA